UGGGCAGUGAGAGCGCAGCUGCAGCUUUAAGCUCAUAGUUUGGGAUGGGCUGAAUUCAUAACGUCAUUUCAGCUCUCUGUCUUUUAUUCUUCGCCCCCUCAUCUCCUUCCCUCUCUAAAUGACACAACUCCCAUGUUCCGUUAAACCUCUGGCCAUAUUUUCCGAACAACUUUCUUUUUUUCCCCCGCGGGACAUUUUUCCGGGGCCGAAACUUUUCUGGCGUGUGAUCGUUUCUGGAGUUGACACAGCAGUCGUUCGCUCUCAUAUGUGGAUUCUUUGGAAAAGCCCAUUUUAACAGCCCAGGAAAUGCAGCGUUUUCUCCCGCCCAGAGGGAUCGCUGCUUAACUGAAUCCCGACAUGGAAGAACAUACAGAUAUCUCCAAAAACAAAUAAGUACGCUAUGAGGAUUUAAAUGUUUAUGUUAACGCACAGCCUGCUGUGAUUCAGCUCCAUCUCGUCAAAAUGAUGUUUUCGUCCCUCUCGCUGUCUCAGGAUGAGUUCCAUCCGUUCAUUGAGGCUCUGCUGCCCCAGGUUCGUGCCUUUGCCUACACGUGGUUUAACCUCCAGGCCAGGAAAAGGAAGUACUUCAAAAAACAUGAGAAGAGGAUGACUAAAGAAGAAGAGAGAGCUGUCAAAGAUGAACUACUUGGGGAGAAGGCAGAGGUGAAACAAAAGUGGGCCAGUCGUCUUUUGGCUAAGCUAAGAAAGGAUAUUAGACCUGAAUGCAGGGAAGACUUUGUCCUAUCAAUCACCGGGAAGAAAGCUGCAUGUUGUGUCUUGUCAAACCCUGACCAGAAAGGCAAAAUGAGACGCAUAGACUGUCUCCGACAAGCUGACAAGGUGUGGAGAUUAGACCUGGUGAUGGUUAUCCUUUUUAAAGGAAUCCCACUGGAAAGCACAGAUGGUGAACGGCUGGUGAAAGGAGGCCAGUGCUCCAAUCCAGUCCUCUGUGUCCAGCCUCGACACAUCUCUGUCUCUGUCAAGGAGCUCGACCUCUACCUUGCUUACUAUGUGCAAGAGAGAGAGGCCGAGCAGAGCAGCAGUCCCAGUCGCACUGGUGUGGGUUCUGAUCAGGAGGACAGUCGAACUGCCACCAUGGAUGGUCCAGAGUUCCAGGAGAGUUUUGUAACAUCAGGAGUUUUUAGUGUUACUGAGCUUGUUCAGGUCUCGAGAACUCCCGUUGUAACAGGAGUAGGGCCUGGUUUCUCUGUGGGGGAGCUCCAGGGUCAUCUGGCCUAUGAUCUCAACCAGUCUGUCAACCAGCCAGUCAGUCUCAGACGAUCACUGGCCAGCACCUCAUCCAGCGGGAGUAAACGCCAUAAGUCUGGCUCUAUAGAGGAAGAGGCUGAUAGUCCAGGUGGGGAGUAUUACCAUUCACCUUCCUCACCAGCCAGCAGCUCGAGGAACUGGACUGAUGACAUGGAAGGAGGGCUGUCUCCUCCGGUGAAGAAGGCAGAACUGGACAGUCCUUCUCCCCAGGAAGACUCACCAAGAAUGGGUUCCUUUACUCAGCACCACCGGCCUGUUAUAGCUGUUCACAGUGGUCUGUCCCGGAGUCCACAUCCCUCCUCAUCUCUUCAUUUCCCAUCUUCCUCCUACUUCCCCCAUGGAGCGAUCCGUUAUCCUCCUCAUCUUGCCCAAGACCCUCUAAAGGAUCUGGUUUCAUUAGCCUGUGACCCUGCCAAUCAAACCCCUAGCUCACUGAAUGGAAGUAACCAGGUCAAAGUGCCCAGUCACUACAUCUCGUCACAAAUGUUGGCACCCCCUGGACCUGCACCCUCCCUGGCGAGUCCCCCAUCCUCCCUUUCUAGGCCGACCCUUCCUACAGAGUCAAAAGCUACUACCACGUCCUCUGAUGCAGGAGCAAACUCCCCCACAUCACCCACAUACUCUGCCCCGGGGACCCCUCCAGCUAAUCGAUCAUCCUUCGUGGGAGUCACCCCUCGAGACCCAGGUGGACUCUACCAAGCGCAGUCUUGGUAUUUGGGCAACUGAGGGAACUUUGGAGGAAACGUGAUUGUCAUGACAGUAAACUUCUGGGGGGGAAAAUAAUGUUGUGAAGACAUUUCCAGAGGAAAAAUAUAUUAACCUCUGGUCAUACAUAUAUAUAAAUAUACGUUGCAAUAUAUUUAUAUAUGUGUAAAGAGACGUCCUGGAUGGAAGAAGGAUGCUGGGCUCUCUCAGCCGUUUUAUAUCCCCAGAAUGAACUAUGCUUUAUGACAUUACAUGUUUGUCACAAAUGGCAUAUUUUCAAAGAAAAGUAACGACUUAAUGCAGAGGUUUCAUUGGUCCAAAUGAACUACAGACCAGAACCAGGCAUCAACACAUCAGAUUCUCAGAAGCCUGAAACUUAACUGUGUCCCCAGGAUGAGUCCUGUUUCCCUGGGAUGGAUGUCAGCCUUGACCCCUGUACCCUGGAUCUCGACACUAAGUCAACUACAAGGCCUAUAUAGACCUCAUCCCUCCCUCAACACUUAAAAUGCCCCACUCUCCGCUGCAGGUGCUGCUUAUAAUAUAUGCAAAUAAGCCUCCUUUAAUUUCUGAACCGACCAGAAGAGGUUGUUAAUAUUUAAUGUUUAUUUGCACUUUUUAAGUAUGUUAUUGAUACAUCUGAAGAAAAUUACAAGCUGAAUAGCGCAGUUUCUUUCACUCUUCCCAACAAAACACAGAGGCUUCAUCUUUUUUAUUGACAAUCAUCCACCUGAAAUUAUUUAGUUGCUUUGCAAGGCUCAUGUUUGUAAGACUGUUUGAUUGUGCUCUUUGGUAGAAAACAACGCAUAAUAGUGGAAUAUAAGAGCUAUAUUCAUGCCUCCUCCUCCACAGCACACAAUGCUACUGCUGAAAGGAGGCGUGGAGCAAGGCCCAGUUUUACUAUGCCAUGUUAGAGUGCAUGAGUGGGCCAUGACCUCAGUUCCAAACGUACAGUGUUUGACAUUGACGUGACUUCCUCAGUAGAAUUAUCAAAAGGCAAACACAUACCUGGAUGAUGUGGCAGCACAGCCAGCAGUACACUGGCUGCUGAAUGUGGCUGAACUGUAGCCUGGUUGUGUAAUGUAGUGUGCGUGUGUGUCUGUAGAUGAUUGUGUAUGAGAAUGUGAUGGUUCCUGCAUUUCCACACUCAUUCCUGCUUUGAAGAGAUGUCCUGUAGUUUCUGUUUGUCUCAAAAUGACAGGAUCUGUGUUUGUGUGUGGGUGGGUUAGAAAGAGAUAAAGCAGGUGCUGCACUAUGAUUACAGUAAAAUAGGUUUCUUUCAAAAGUUAUGAUGUGGUAUGUUGCCAAGCUGGAGGUUUAGCAGACUGUUUUUUGUUUUUGAUGAAGUUGUUGAUGCUGAUGAGCAUCUGUGGACAAAAUCUGGGUGUGUCGUCUAGCUGUAGAAUAAGUGGUGGUCCCUGACAAGUUCUGCUCUGUGUAGUUCAACCCCAACCCAAUCUGAACAACGUGUGAUGGAACAGCAGCAGUAGGGUUUGAUUUGGGAUUGGGCUGGGCGACACAGGUGAACAGAAGAACGGUGCUAGAGUUGUUUUCCAGUUUGAAGUGCCAACAUCAACAAAUUAAGCAUUUUAAGGUAGGUCGAGCCCUUGGUUUUCUGUGUAAAUGUUUAUAUAGAGUUUGCAUUAUUGGUAGUGAGGCAAAGCAGUGUUCUGUUAUCGCUGACGUUUCACAGCUUCAGUUAUCAAAUACAUUUCUAUAGUGGUCUACUGAAAGGCUUACAAGCUACAUUUUAACAUUGACUGAAAUCUUCAGAAACAUUUGAAAAGGUGAAAAAACAUAAUGAUGAAAGAAGGAAUAAAAUUGAGGAUCAGAUUCUUGAAUGCACCUUAAACAUCAUCAGUUCUGGCAAAUAAAAUUCAUUGUAAACUCUAAAAGAAACAGUAGUAGACAUGUGCACCAUGGCCCUUUGAUAAAUCUUACACAAUGUCAUUUGUGUAAGAUAAUGUUACAUGUUGACAAUGUCAAGAUUUUUAAGAAGUAAUACAUUAUAGUCUGUGCCAUACUUUAUUUCUAAGAACUGGUGAGUCUAAAGCAGUCUCCUAAACACUUGUCGGCAUAUUAUUUUUCCGUGGAUGUAACGAUGUAAAAAUGUGUUUUUGAUAGUGCAAUCUGAUUGGAUACCACACGAGAAGAGUUUCCGAGUAACCUGUAUUAUUCACAGGAAAUUUUCUGCUGGAUUGUUUCUGCAGUCUGUCAGUUUUUUCCACUUGCUUUCUGUGCACAGAGAGUAAGAGAAAACUCCAGACAUUGUUCCUUGGUGUAGUUGUUGUAGGCUGUUUCCAUGACCCACAUUUGUCUCCAUCUCCCUGGAAACAAAUAUUCUUAUUGGAAGAAAGUUUUUUUUUUUUUUAAAGUGUCAACACUGCUGUGGUCUGACCAAUGACAGUUUUCUUCAAGUCCUAUGCUUCAGCACCUUCAAUGCGAAAUAAUAAAAUGGAUAUUGGUUCAAAGAGCCAUGUAUUUUCAGCUUUAACUAGGAACCCCAAUACUCCCUAGGAUGUAGGUCUGAACACUUUCUGUUCUCAGAAAAGAAAACAGAAUCUUGCUUUGUUUCUAUGGAAAACUCACCCGAGGACAUUUUGUCAUUCAGCAGGACAAUGAUUCAAUUCUAUAAUAUUCACAUAGCACCAGUUUACAACAACAGUUUUGUCUUUAUAUGGUAAGGUAAACAUUAGGAUAUAAUACAGAAUUAGAGCCUCCUUUUAAGGGAGUAGACACAAAUUAAGAACAUGCAACAUAUAACUAUACAUACUUCUGUUUCUCCUGCCUCCUGUUGUCUUUACAUUUAUAAAUGCUUGUGUGAGUUACUAUGGGAAUGAGCAUGAAUGAUCAAUUUCUAAGGAAUCUUACUUGGACGUGUCCCCAUAUAAUUUGAAUCUUAUAUCUUGAAAUUUGAUUUGAUCUUUCGUCUGUUUUCUGUCAGGCCACACCUAAAAUGUACUUUACCUUGCAUUAGAGCAGAGAUGUCGGUGUAUUUCCUUUUUCUUUCCCACGGUUUGGGGGCUAUGGCUAAGUUAAUUUAGUGCCUACAAGGGAUCAAUGACAUGGACAGAAAGUGUUGUUAUGAACUGGAUUUUAGUUUAAGGUUCAGUUAAAGUUGUCUUAAAGCUGAUGUAUAUUGCAUGGUGCUGUCCUGGUCGCUGUGCUGACCUAACCAAUGCAUGGCUCAACUUGAUAAUACCUCUCCAUCUCUGUCUUGCUCUUCCUCAUCCUUCUUUUCCUCCCUCUGUUCUGCAGACUACAUCAGAGGGAAGUGGAUGGAAGGCUAUAUGUUUCUUUGAAUUUAAUAAUAGCUCUGUUGUUAAACUUUUGCACGAUAUUUCGUAAAACACAUUAUGUGCCUUGCCUUUAGUUAAAGAACAGUAAUAUUUUAUGGAAACAUGAUCAUAUGUUUCACGGUACAAAAAAGCUGCAUGUGUGAUUACUCGACAUUAACCAGUGUAGCAAGUGCACAUUUUUUGGUUGUGGUGGUGCGCCACCUGAGAUAGUAACUUACGGCUAAGCUCUAUGAAAGCUUUCUCUAGCUGUUUAUCAUCUACUCUGUUAUCCUAAAGAUAGAGCAAUUUUUACAGUGUGAAAGGAAGUGUGUGAAACUUUGCGGAAAUAUGCUCUUUUUACUGUCGUAUGAAGAAAACAACUUUGUUCCCUAAAUAAUAUACAUUUGGUUGCAAUUAAGGUAGCUCAGCUGUUAUAUCAUGACCUACUGAAAGUGUGAACUUGGUCUGUAUGGCCCCAGUGACGCAGGCCUGGAGAUCAGUUGGCUACCAUCUGGCAACUACACAUGAGAAAAACGUGUCCUCGGCUACUCCGAGUGGUAGUGAAAAGUGCCACACAAACCGGAAAUGGACAACCUGUGCCGUCCAGCUAAAAGUUUUGCCUUUUACAGCUGGUUGGCUGAAGCAGUGAGGCUUAACUUUUACUUUGAAGGCUAAUGUCCUGUCUUUUCACUUUGCAUAGCAAGUUUUGCUCUUGCGGGUGUAGUGUUUAGAGACAACUUGGCAUCUUCCAUGCAAACUACUGUGGCAGUCUGCUAGCAUCUAAAGCAAUCACAAGGAAGUUUUUGAUGCAGCACCAUCUGUGUGAGCAAUUUCACCCAGCAACCACUCGCCAUCUGGUUGGGAAAUAUCCAUUUUUCACUGGAAGGUUCCCAGAAGUUGACAGGUCUCUAGGCUGGUGUGACUGAGGCCUAAGUGUGAGAACUGUAGACUGUGAUCCAGCCUCCAAGUAUAUACACCUGCUGUCAUAUAUAUCAUUUAGGUCCUAUGUUUGAUUUAUUGCAACAAAAACACGUGAACACAUGGAAAAGACUGCAGUUCCCAGUAUUUUCCCAGUUCCUUUAGACUCUGUGGAUUUUUCUGGUGUUAUCUGAGAUACUCAGGUGUUGACUGCACUCAUAUAGCUGAUUGGAUUCAGUGGCUGUGCUGUUUAAGGCUGGCGUGUAGGCUGAGGUGUCUGUGGGCUAAUGUAAGUGAACAAUAUUGGUGUUGCUAUGUGUAAAGUCACAUGCACACAUUGUUUGAUAUUUGCUUAGAUAUGUGUUAUAUGAAAAUGUGGACACCAUUGUGUUGUAGUAAAAUGUUUUUUCUGGGCGUGGUUAAAUAUGGAUGGAAGCUUUGAUUUGAAAAUGACACUUUGCAGAGGCUAAAACAUGGGUUGAGAAAGUCAAGUCUGGUGGUAAGUCCUGCCUAAAUGUUCGCAAUACAAACAAAAGCCAUCUUCAGAGGCACUGCUCAGCUCUAUCUACUUAACGUUUUAUUGUCCCAUGUUAGAUGCAUAUAGACACAUUUAAAGGUACUUAUUGCAGGGAAAAAUCUUGUUGGGCUUUAGCUAGUAUGGCCACGUAUGGUUGCCAUGUAAUGGAAGCAUGUUAAACAUGUACAGGUUUAGAUUUCAGGGCUUUGCAGCUUUAUGACUGGUGAUGAGAACACCGUCCAAUUGCCUAUAUGACGACUUUGAUCCUGUUACUCAGCAUGUGAUAAAAGGCCAUAAAUGACUUUGAGUUAACAUUAUUUUUACUCAUCUUCGCUUUAGGUUAUUUUUAGGUUUUCCUUGGGUUAUUAUUACUUUGCUUUAGAAUUAUAGUUUUAAACACAUCAGUGUGUAUAAAAAAUAUAUACAAAAAGCACUUAUUAGUUAUCAAGAUGUAUAGAAUGUUUAAAUCAUUUGUGGCUGUCUUACACAGUAAGUGGAAACCAUGAAAUGGGGAAAAUUCUGUCUCUUAGAGAAAAAUGUGGACAACAAAGCUGUUUGGUUUGGACGUCAACUGAAGUGAAAUGACACAAUGCACAACUGCUAAGACUUCACAAUCUCCUAAAUGUGUCAUUGUGAUAAAAAAAAAUGUUGACAGUGAUGUCACAUGUAGCAAUGUUUUUGUAAUACAUAAAUUAUGUCCUGAAAUAUUGAAACUUUUUUAUAGGAUCGAGCUGUUUGAAAUUACACAUUGGGCUUGACUAAUGAAAUGCUUCUUCUUACUGUAGCACCACACUUAUAAGAAUAUGGCCUUAUUUUUGCAAGCGUCAAUGAAGGUUGAGUCAACAGUUAAAAAUGUUUAGGUCAAGUACUUGUGUGCAGAAAUGGUAUACAUAGAAAAACAAGGAAUCAUUUAUCCAAAUAUUUUGGUGAAAAUUUAACGAAAUCGGACAGUGUUUUCAAAAAAAGCAUUCAGUCUUGGACUAUACUGGUCCAUCGCUGCUUCAAAAAUAAAGGUCUUCACCACAGACACGUCAUCCAUAAUAGGGCAAACACUGACAGAGAGAGAAUGGCAGCAACGUGACGCUCUAGCACGUUAGAAAAGAGCAAUAUCUGGUCAUUUUAUUGCACAUCAGUUGCACAAACACUUUUACCCGCUGAGUAUGGGAGCUUAUAGGGCGUGCCCUCAGGUAUUAGUUUCUUCACACACAGACCUAAGACUUGUAGCAAUACAGCAAGAACCCACCAAUCCUGGUCAUGUGUACAACUUUAGCAAAUCAGAGGAUCCUCAGAGACCUCCUGAUGGGAGUUCCAUCAGAAAUUAUGAGCCAAAGUGGAAAGUGUAAUUGUUGCUGCAAGAUCAUAGAUAGAAGCUGAGUGGUAGAAGCUUUAAUUGAGGGCUUUAUAUGGACUUUGAUAGUGGCUGUGAUUAUAAACCUUAAAUAACAUGUAUUUUGGCUUGAAUGAUAUCUAGUAACCUGACUAACCAAAACUGUAUGAAGACAGACUGUGUUGCUUGUACGGUUACCAAAUCUUUAUGUACUUUACUUAAUGUUAAAACGAUGAAGCAGAGUAUUAACCUAUGAUGGGUCUGAUUGCGGUUAAGUUGUGAUGAGGCCCACUAUUUGCAAACACGUUUUUUUCUUCACGCGUAUAGGAAAUAUAGAACUUGCUUUUAGAUUUAGUUGCUUUAAAAGUUUCAAAUACAUUUUUAACAAACACUACAGCCAAAAAUGCCCAUGCAAAAUGUGCAAGUGGUGUACAAAAAACUGUACGAGCUUUGUAGUUGUUCCUUCUCCUCCAGCUGACGACCACGAUAGAAACUCACGCAAACCUUCACCUGUGGAAAGAAUGUACGCACAGUUUACUGGCACGUGACUUAAAAUCCACAUUUUGGAUGCAAUGCUGUCAGGAAACAGUGUGAACUGUUGAUGUGCGUCUUCAUUUCUGUUUCCCACCAAACGAAAACCUAACAACAGGAUGCCUAAGUAACACACUCACUCUGCUGAGUGGAAGACACAUGCCCAGUACUGUUAAGGUGAUAGCGUUUCAAGCUUGUGCAGUAUGUUUACACAAUGUUUGAAAUAGAGGUCUAUCAUAAUCAUAUCAUCAUAUCAUAAAAUACUGAAAUCAAGAUCAAAUUGAUCAAGAAUUACAGCUAUUAAUUAAUCAUAAUUGGCAUGUGAUGUGUCUUGAUAUUAUGAUCUUUUUUUCUUUUGCUAUAAAAUUCAACUUUAAAGAAAGCGACACACCAGUUCAGGCUCUCAUGCAGACACUGUCCUCUUACCGAAAGUGUACAGACAUGCAAACUCAUCAAGUUCCUCGCUCUAUUCAAAUAAACCAGCAGGGCAGCAGCAACUGAAAAGUUCUACCAAAAACAAUGUCAAUAAGCAGUGCCUAUCACUUUACUGUUGGAGGUAUUUUGUAAGCUGUAGGUGUUGUUUUCAGACCCUACAUGGUUUGGUGACAAACAGCGUUGCCCUCACCGGUGCGGGUCCUGAAGUAACAAGCCAUACAACAAACCAAAGAGUUGAAGGAAAUCUAGAGAUAACACUGAGUGUGCAUUUUGGGGGACACUAAAGUUCAGAGGUUUUACAGUUUAUGGUACUUCAUGUUAUGCUGUACUACGUUCGGGGCCUACAGCUGUGUUCUAUUUUCAGCUUUUAUAGGUCACGCGUGAAAAACAUUAUAAAUGCAGCACAAAUGUGAUGCCACAUUACAAAAAGGAGCAUCUGUAUCAGUUGAUUUAUCCACUGCAGUGUGCUGUCAGUGCAUGGAGGUCUGUAUUAUCAUUAUUAUGCAGUUAUAAUAAUGUGUCAGUUGUAGUAAUCAGCUCUGUGAUUUGCUUUCACCCACUGUCUACUAUCUCCCCCUGCAAGCUAGUUCGCUUCACCAUCUUUUGUAAGACCCCACCCCCGCAAACACACACACACACAAACACACAGUGCAGUAAAUGCAUGCAUAUUUAUUUUGUGCCACAGAUACAGACUGGCGUUAACUGAGCGUGGGGUUGACUUGGUUCCCUCUAGAUUUUUUUGAAACUCUGUGGUUUAAAGACAAACAAGUGCUGUUUAGGCGGCCACUGUUAUUAUAGUUCAAAUUCUGAUAAUCAAUGUAUGUGUCCAUAUAUUUCAUGUUACACUGCAUCACACCAGAGUCCAAACUGCUCGAUGAUUGUGAUUAGCAGGUCAUGUUCAGUAUUGUGAACAGCUGUUUCUGAGUAAACAGUCGUACUGCAGGUGGUACUUCCUAUUUUUUAGUUUCACGGCUGCAGAUGAUCAGAUGUUGAACUGUUUGCUGUAUGAGGAACAAAGGGACUGCAGAGGGCUCUUUUCUAUGAACUAUCAAUGAUAUUCAACGCUCUACCCUACUGCUGCUGUUUCCUGGAACAACUCCAUUGAUUUGGUGACUCCAAUAUGUGUUUCUUUUUUUUUGCUGUUACUUGAAAUGCAUGUUUGCUUUUUAAUUUUUUUAAUGGCCUUUGAAAACAUUUCCUGUAAUUCAGACUUACAGCAGGAAACCACACUUGGUUAAUAAAAAUGGGAUUGUAGAGCUGCAGGUUUUCCUCUGACAGUGAUGCCAUAUUGAUUUGUUUCUGUAACUGAAAGUACAUUGCUACUGCACAGUUUACUCCAUGUGCUCAAGAUAGUAUGUAAUGAAUGAAAGUUUUUUUUCUCAGAGAAUAUUUGAAUGCAUAUUUGAACAUUUUUUUCCAUCAUAUCUUUUCCAGAUAUUAUAUUAAAAAACUGCUUGCUUGCUUCCAGACAUAUAUCCCUUACAUCAGAGAAGGCAUAGGCAUUAAAACAUGUCAUCAGUUAUUGCAUGACUGCAGUUCACAUAGACUGUCGUCCUUUUCACAUUAACUCUAUAGUUGGAAUUGAGUUAGCCAUGUGAUAACAACAACAACAUCUUUUUAUCACUUAAAAUGGGCAUGCAUGAUGCACACUGAGGUACGCUGGAACCUAAAAACAACAACGCUGCAGUGAAGCAGAGAGCGGUCCCCUGUUACAGCGAUAUGGGAACGCCUCGGUGUUCAUUAUUGUGUACUUUGGUCACAGUUUUAACAUCUGGAUAGAGCUGAGUCCAUUCCAUUCCAUAUUGGAAAGCUGAAGUGCUGACAUUAAUCCUGACCUCGAGAUUUACUGUGGAAAGGGCUGCUGCUUCAAGCAGAAAGUAGUUUCUUGGCAGCUUUACCGAGCCUUUUAAGUACUUUUUACUAUGUGGAUUUUUUUGUUUUUUUGUUUGUUUUUCAGCUGAAAUUAUUGUCAGUCAUAUAUUUUUGCAUGGCAUAAACUAAAGUCUCGCACUUCCCGGUCUGAUCCUCUUUGAAUGUAUAAUGUUUGCGUGAAAGCCGUCUGAACCAGUGUUUAUGACCUUAUGUUAUUCAUCUGUUGUGGGGGAUAUUCAACCUUUAGAACCACAUUUAGACAUUGCUAUUGACAGAUUCUAAUGAAGUCAUUUCUGGAAAUGAGUAUGUUUCCCUAUGCAAAAAUAUACCAUUAAUAAACAUGCUAUUCUAAAACUCAA